AUGCAGGCUCCACCUAAGUUGUUUUUUCUUGGCAUCAUCUUUAUUGUUGUGGCGUGUUCAAAUGUCAAGACCCAGGAAAACAGUGCCCUACUCGGAAUUAAAACUGUCUCGGAUGAUAUAACCAAAGGAGCUUUUACUAAUGCUGUAAAUAAUGUGGUAAAGAAAGUAGCACCUUUUAUACGUAUUUUUCCCUCUGUUAUAAAACUUAUUUUUGGCCUAUCUUCAAGGCCAACCGAAUCUCCUGAACUAAAAUUUCUCCGGAACCUAUCCGACACCAUUAACAGAAGAUUCGACCAAAUAGAUGUUCACUUUUUGGAUGUCACCAGAUUGAUUCGUUGGUCAACUACUCAAACCGUUUACUCAGAUUUGGAGGCCAAGAUCCAUGUUGUUUCGGAACACUUUACUCGAUUAUUUCAAGUACCAGAGUCAGGAUAUAACGAACAAAAGAACAUAUUUAUCCAAAGCUAUGAGACAGAUUAUUUUGACAGUGGCUCCAAACUGUUUGCAGCAUUUAUGUUCGACAAUGGCGCAAUUAGUGAAGGUUUGAUUAGACCAGCGAUGAAUUACACAGAUAAUGACAGAGCGAAGAUGAGGACCUUUAUGCUGGGUAUAUUAAAAUUGCUUAUCGUUUCUGCAAAACUAGAAAUAGGAUACUUGACUCUAAAGGGGUACGACAAUAUUAUUCUUUUCUAUAUUCACGAAUGGAAUAACCGAAUUAAACGGGUUCAAAACAAAAUGCAAACAGUUGAUUUAGAAUUGGAAAACAUAUAUUAUACCCAGUCAUUAAAAGACAUCGAUACAUUUACAUUUGACAAUUUUUAUCUUGACUAUGAAAAGUUUAGUCAACGUUUGUACGACAAACUUUCAUCAAAGUAUUUCUGGAGAGACUGGCUUGUCAUAGUUCACACUCAUAUGCGCGGUGUUUAUUCACACUCCCAUGUCUGUAAAGGAAUAAUGAAAACUGCUCAUGGUAAGGAUAUCGUAAUUGAUAGCGUCCAGAAAGGGGAACCAUAUUUAAAUGUUACCGUUGCUCAACUCCUAUACAAGUCAUUACAGAAAACGUGUCAAAACACAGCGAACUUCUUUCCAUGUGCACCUGAACAUCCUUGUUCGUAUCCUUAUGGCAAUUGUAUGGGCCGUAGAUCUUGUAAUGAUUACCUAGUAGGGAGCAGACCAUGUCGAAGAAUAAGACGUUGUGGAAGUUACAAGAAUUCGGAAAAUGCUGACACUAUCUACAGUUGGUUCAGUGAAAAUGCAAAAUCUUGCUCUACAUUUUCUUCGGUGGGAAUCAUGCCUAUUGGUCAAAGAGCAUAUCAUUCAGGCCCUACUGGAAAUUCAUCAAGCCGAUUCUUUCUUGGAGAUUUAAGUCCAUGUGAUUACAAAGUACAUUUCUUUGGCUAA